CAUUAAAACACUAAAAUUAUCGCUUUUUAUCAUAUUAUUGUUUGUUUAUUCAGAUCUGUAUUAACAGACUCAGUAACUCAAGUGCUUUCACGAUAAGAAGUCCACUAAAGUCGAGAAAUCAUGGAAAAAACCGGGCCUGGAUACGCUACACCUUUGGAUGCAAUGAAAAAUGGCCCCAAAGAAGAAAUACUUUACGUUGUAGCGGUCCAACCUAAUCAAGGUGAAGGAAAAACUGAUUUAUUGGCUACUGUAGAUGUGGACCCAAAAUCACCGACCUAUUGCAAAAUCAUCCACAGACUAAGGACGGGUCGCCUAAACGAUGAGCUUCACCACACGGGUUGGAACGUUUGCUCGAGUUGCCACGAUUUUAAAGGGUGUUGUACAGCUCCGGUCAGAGAUAAGCUGGUGAUGCCCGCACUAGGUUCUAAAAGGGUGUACUUUGUGGAUACCGGAAGUGAUCCUAGGCAACCCACGAUACACAAGGUUUUAGAAGCAGAAGAGUUAGAUAAAGUGGAUUGUUCCACUCCUCAUACUACGCAUUGUUUGGCAUCUGGGCAAAUUAUGAUAUCUGCUAUGGGGGACAAUAAUGAUGAAGGAAAUUGCGAGUACGUUCUAAUUGAUGGAAAAACUUUGGAAGUAACAGGCACUUGGUGCAAAGGCAGAAAAGCCAAAUUCAACUACGAUUUCUGGUACCAACCGUACUUCGACAUAAUGGUGUCCUCCGAAUGGGGGGCACCAAAGGUCUUCAAAACCGGCUUCCACCCCUCCCAUGCCGAUGAUAUAGAAGCCUACGGACGCAGCCUGAACUUCUUCUCUUGGAGCAAGAGGGAAUUAAUUCAAACUAUAGAUUUGGGCGAUGAAGGCAUUGCCCCUUUGGAGGUCAGGUUUUUGCAUGACCCCAAGCAAAGUCAAGGGUUUGUCGGGUGUGCUGUCAACGCCAAUGUUUUUAGGUUCUACUUAAAACCUGACGGUACCUGGGCAGCUGAAAAUGUUAUAAAUAUAAAACCCAAAAAAGUAUCAGGUUGGGUUGAUGAUUACAUUCAAGGAAUGAUUACGGAUAUUUUGUUAUCAUUGGAUGAUAAAUAUCUCUAUCUAUCCAAUUGGCUACAUGGAGAUGUCAGACAGUAUGAUAUUUCGGACCCUGCCAAUCCCAAAUUAACAGGUCAAGUAUUUUUGGGAGGAAUGAUACUGAAAGACUCCAAAGUGGUUGUACUCGAAGACCACGAACUUUCCGAACAACCCGACCCUGUUUUCAUCAAAGGCAAACGUUACUACGGGGCCCCGCAAAUGUUGCAACUUUCCUUAGACGGAAAAAGACUAUACGUCAGCACCAGUUUAUUUUCCCCGUGGGACAAACAAUUUUACCCCGAAUUAGUUGAAAAUGGCGGAAGCAUAGUCAAAAUGGACGUGGAUACUGUUAAUGGCGGAAUCAAGUUGGAUACAGAUUUUCUUGUGGAUUUUUCCGAAGGACCAGAUGGACCUUUAUUACCACAUGAGAUGAGGUAUCCAGGUGGAGACUGCACUUCCGAUAUUUGGUUAGCCGAUUAAAUGUUUUAAAUGUUAAAUUGUUAUUACUAUUGUUAUUACUAUAAACAACCACAUAUCAUUUGUACUAAAUUUUACUUAAAUAUACUAUAAUCUAAUAAAAUAACAACAAAAUAACUCACGUAUUUCUGUAGACCAUCAAACCC